AGGGCGCCCGUGACGUCCCCUUUUCUGUCGGACCCAAAUAAGGAAAUGACGUCCAGCGUCAAGGCGAUGGUUGCAAAUAGAAAACUCAAGACCUGACCCCGGGACGGGUUGACGUGGGUUCGAGGGCUAACUGGUGCGUGGAGCUAACAGAGAACGAGGAUGGGUGACACAGCGGGAGAGACAAAGUUCUACUCCAAUGCUGAGGGCUACUGGAAGGAGGUUCCGCCCACAGUGGACGGCAUGCUGGGAGGCUAUGGGAAGAUCUCCAGCAUCGAUAUCAAUGGAUCCAAGGCUUUCCUUCGCAAGUUCCUCGGAGAAGGGGAAGGCAAGACAAGCGCCGGCUGCGCUUUGGACUGCGGCGCAGGCAUCGGCAGGAUCUCCAAGCGUCUGCUGCUGCCUCUCUUCAAGACGGUGGACCUGGUGGACGUGACGCAGGAGUUCCUGGACAAAGCAAAGACGUACCUGGGAGAGGAUGGCAAGAGAGUGGGCAACUACUUCUGUAGCGGCCUGCAGGAUUUUGUACCGGAGAGUGGACGCUAUGAUGUCAUCUGGAUCCAGUGGGUCAUAGGCCACCUAACCGACAACCACCUGGUGGAGUUCCUGCGGCGCUGUCAGAAAGCCUUGCGGCCCAACGGCCUCAUUGUCAUCAAGGACAAUGUUUCCUACGAAGGCGUGGUCCCGGAUGAGGUGGACAGCAGCGUGUGUCGAGACCUGCAAAUUGUCCGCAAUCUGGUGGGCAGAGCGGGUCUCAGCGUCAUCUACGAGGAGCAGCAAGUGAACUUCCCAAAGGAGAUCUACCAAGUCCACAGUCUGGCGCUCCGAUAAGAAGUGCUCCGACAUUUGAAAAGUGCCACUUUUUUUAAGAAGAUGGUUCUCGUCCACCGCCCUGAAACGAUGUGAUCGUGUUUACUACGUUUUGAGCAGAGAGGUUUGAUUCAUCUUGUCUGACCGUAUCUUUGCUGCAGGUUUUAUUUAUUUUUGAACACGUUUGUUCCAGGCUCGAUAAUCAGUCAGAUCCUUUUAACUUGAAGCGGACGGAGGUCCAUUGCGACCCCUUUUCCAAGAGGACUGCAGGUCAGAAACUUUUUGUCACUGACCAACAUCAUCUGCCUCUUUUAUCUGAAAGAUGAGAACACUUUUCUCAUUUACUUUAAACGCGGGCCUUCCGCUGAACAGUCAUUGCUUGAAUAUCACGCGUUUCAGACCACCGAAUGUUUUUCCACAAGAUGUUACAUACCAAGAUGUUUGCGACAUUAAAAAGCAUUCGGUUUCUCACUACA